AUGAGGGCUGUUUCAGGAAUUGUUGUGUUCUUUUCCCUGGCAUGGAUGUCAAUUGCUAAACCCCAGCCUCCUCCACUGCCUUCAUCUUUCUUUUUGGAGACCAGUAGCAGACCUGGGUUUCCAGUGACUCCUGUGACUCAGCUAGGUGUUCAAAAUGCUAGUGAUCUUCCUGUGAGACAGACGGUUGUGAGUCAGAGUGGAUUGAAUGGACAGCAAGGAGAUUUUGGAUUCAAUAGAACCCUAGGCAGGCCUUUUGGUCAGGAUGUGUUUGGAAAUCAGACCCCUGGUAACCUGGGAGGUGACAGGUUCAAUCAGCAACCAUCUGAUAGGUUCAACAACCAACAGCCUGACAGAUUUAGUGACCAACAGCCUGACAGAUUUAAUAACCAACAGCCUGACAGAUUCAACAACCAGCAGCCUGACAGGUUCAACAACCAACAACCUGACAGGUUCAACAACCAACAACCUGACAGAUUCAACAACCAACAACCUGACAGAUUCAACAACCAACAACCUGACAGAUUCAACAACCAACAACCUGACAGGUUCAACAACCAACAACCUGACAGAUUCAACACUGACAGACCAAGUAGCUUUCCUGGUGACAGAUUCAACCCUCAAGCAGGCUUCAACAAUGACAGACAGAGACCCCAACAAGGCCCCUUCAGCACCACAGACAGAAACCCAUUCACAAGCUCCACUACUGGUUGGUCAUCAGAUAGACCAUAUUCUGGAGACAGAGGCAGACAACCUACAGGCACUGACAACAACCAGAGGUACAACCCAUUGUACCCCAACAGUGGUCUAAGGCCAGAUGGUACCUUUGAUGAAGGGGAUCCCAGGAACAUUGAUGUGUCUGUACCAGAGCCUUACAAUGAAGACAAUGAAGUUCAGGAUCCAAAGACCUUGAGAGGUGACAAUGGUGGUAUGUCUGAAUUUGCUGGUGUGCAGCAUGGGAGCCCCUUCAAUCCUGCUUUCAAUCAUGGAGAGUCUAUUUUCUGCAUGAACCUAUUAACUCUUUCAUUGGCUGUCAUUUUGGCAGGUGCUGUUUGAGCAAGGUGAACUUACCACUGUGAUGUCCCCAGUGAGACAUGGAGUCUAGUUACUCAGCAUUGUUACUUUUUGAGGUUUUAUUAUGUAUUUAUGUUUGUUUUGAGUCCAUUUUUAUAUCAGCACUAGUGUGUAUGUGUGUGUUCUAUUGGCAUUCCAGAGCUUAAUUUGUGCUAAUGAGGAAAGGAAUCAAAAAAUUAUUAUUCAGAUGAGA